AUGGCAUCCAAGGGCAACGACAAGGAGAUCGACUACGUGUCCAAGCAGGCCAACCUCACCGCUCAAAUCGAGAGCGAACGGCAGGCCGCCAAGAAGUGGUGGGACGAGUACGGCAUGUGCUACCUGGAGAACGCGCGGCCCGAGGACUUUACGUACGAUAGCCGCGUGCUUGCUCUCAAGAAGAAGCUCGAAGACCCGAAGCCGCCAUUCAAGGAGUGCCGAAAGAAGAUAUGA